UUUUUUUUCUUAUUCAUCAUUACAGUGGUGAAUACAGAAUCAACGAUUGAUUUUCAUCGUAAUAAUGGUGAUGAUGAUGCACAUUUAGAUUAUGAUGGUUAUCAAUUGUUACGUAUUAAACCAAUCAAUAAUAAACAAAUUGAAUUGAUUAAACAAUUUCAAUAUGAUUAUCAGUUGGACUAUUGGAAUCAACCAGUUAUUCAACAAAAUAAUGAUAAUAAUAAUAAUAAUUUUCAAUCAAUUUUAACACUUAUUAAUCCACAACAAAAACAAUUUAUAAAAUCUAAAUUAAAUCAAUCAAAUAUUAAUUAUGAUAUUAUCAAUCCAAAAAUGGCUGAAAAAAUAUCCAUUGGUUAUUCAUAUGAACGACGUAAUAUUUUCGGUAUUAAAAUUGGUAAUUUAAUGAUGAAUAAUAAUAGCAGCAGCAGCGACCAGAAAAUAAUCUUUGUUGAAUGUGGUAUACAUGCACGUGAAUGGAUAUCACCAGCAUUCUGUAUAUGGUUAGCUGGUCAUUUAUUAUCCUCAUCAACUACUAGUCAAUUAACAUCAUUGAUUGAUCAUUAUCAAUUUAUUAUAAUACCAUCCGUAAAUGUUGAUGGUUAUGUUUUUACACAUACACAUCAACGUUUAUGGCGUAAAACUCGUUCAAGACAGUAUGGUUCAUUUUGUAUUGGUGCUGAUCCAAAUCGAAACUGGGAUAGUUCAUGGUGUCAAAAAGGUUCAUCAUAUGAUCCUUGUACAGAUAUUUAUUGUGGUAAACGACCAUUUUCUGAAAUUGAAACCCGACAAAUGGCUACAUUUUUACAAAAAUAUAAUGGAAAAAUUUUUGCCUAUUUUGCUAUACAUAGUUAUAGUCAAUUAUGGAUGUUUCCAUAUGGUUAUUCAUCUAAACGUAUUAAUGAUUAUAAUCGUUUGAGAUCAGCAUCACAAGCUGCUGUCAAUGCAAUACGAUCAUUAUAUGGUACACAAUAUAAAUAUGGUUCAAUUGCCGAUGUAAUUUAUUUAGCAUCUGGUGCUAGUGUUGAUUAUGUUUAUGAUAAAUUACAGGUAAAAAAUUCAUUUGCACUUGAAUUACGUGAUACAGGUACAUAUGGUUUUCAAUUACCAAUUUGGCAAAUUAUACCAACAUGUUUAGAAACAUGGACAGGUAUAAAAGCAGCAAUUAAAAUAUUGGAAAUAUAUUGACAAAAUUUGAAAAUGAAAAUUUGAAAAAAACAAAUACCGCCAUCUAUUAAAUGAAAAAUAUACAAACA